CGCAUCGGAAGGGAGGUCUAGGCAGAUUUCGGCUUUAAAUAUCAUGAAUGAAAUAUUCACAGCCAAGGUUUUUAACACCUGAAGAACUUUAUAUGCAUUUUAAAUUGUUUGAACUUGUGUAUAGUGAUCUAUUGAAGCUGAUUUUUGUGCAAGAUACUUUCCAAAUGUUUGAAUUAUUGUCGGUAUUGCACGUGCGUUUGUGUACAUUUUGAUAGACGUUCAAGUGAAAGCAUUUCGGGUGUUUAAAAACUGUGAAUAAAAAAUGAAAUAUGAUAUAUUAAAUGCCCCUGAUAACUUCUUCUGAAGUACUCUGCAGUUUUGAAUCUGAUAUUAUGAGAAAUAUUUAUUGAUAAUCAUUAUAGUCGAUAUAACUUAGAGCUGUCAAGUUUAUGUUGAUGAUACCAUGAAUGUUAUGCUGCGUAAAGUAUUGAGUGCAGUUGCUAAAGAAGAGAAUUAUUACUUCGAUGUCAUAAAAGCUUAAAUCCUAGAUUUUCCCUGAAGCGCACUGAAAACAUCAUCUUUAUUUCAAGAAUAACACAAGAUUCAUUCUUAAAUGAUGAUUCUAGUCAGUCAUAAAGCCACCAUCAAGGUGUUGUUUUAAAAGAUGACAACAGUCCCUGUUACUAGAAACCAUUCAUUGGAUGAGGAGGAGCUGCGUAAUCAUGGAGCAAACAGGAUAUUAGAAUUGGGUGAACACAAAUUUAAUGAAGGUCACCCUGACUGGAUUGAUUCACCAACACCUGAUAUAAAACCUGUUUCAGUUAUAUCAUCACCUGUACUUCGUCGGCACAAUUCUGUUCCAGCAGAAAUGCCUAGUGCUUCUCAUGUGAACUCUGUGCCUUCACCCCAGAGUAUUCAAGGGCCUCUCAUGUCACCGAAUCAGUAUGGGUCAAAUGAUCCUGUGCAUGAUCUUCCUCCAGAAUUACUACAGGCUGGUUGGCGGAAGUUCUGGAGUCGACGAGAAAACAGGCCAUAUUUUUUCAACAAAGUGACAAAUGAAUCUCUGUGGGAAAUGCCCAGACUUGGACAUUAUGAUCCUUCUACUGAUCCUCUGGGCAUACAAAUGUCUCCUCCUGCUGGAGAACCUCACACACCUGUAACACCAGUCAUGCAUCCUCCUCCAUUUGUUCGUGUCGGUGAAAAAAGACGUGCAUCUGAUGAUGGUAUUUUACCAAGUACAAAGAAGUUCUUUUUAAGUGGUUGUUGGGACUUAGAAGUGCCAACAAAUGUUGUCAUUUGGGAGCGUUCUCCUUCUCUUUUACCACCACCGCACCCUGAAAUUGAACAAUAUCGAGCACAUCUAGUUAUAAAAUUAAGACAGCAGUAUCAAGAGAUGUGUCAUUCAAGGGAAGGUAUUGAUGCACCUAAAGAAUCUUUAAACAGAUGGUUUAUGGAAAGAAAAAUUAUUGAUAGGGGCUCUGAUCCCCUUCUUCCAUCCAAUUGUUAUCCAGAAAUAUCCCAGUCGAUGUUUCGGGAAAUAAUGAAUGAUAUUCCUAUCAAACUUGUUAGACCAAAGUUUUCCGGUGAUGCACGAAAGCAACUCUCAAAGUACGCUGAAGCGGCUAAGAAAAUGAUUGAAUCUAGAAAUAUUUCUCCUGAAAGUCGAAAAAUUGUGAAAUGGAAUGCAGAAGAUGCCUUUCAGUGGAUAAGGAAGACACUUAAUGCAACAUUUGAUGAUUAUCUGGAAAGGUUAGCUCAUUUGAAGCAACAGUGUCAGCCUCAUCUUGUUGAAGCUGCAAAAGAUUCAGUUGAAGCCAUCUGUGCAAAAAUUUAUAAUUUGUCAUGUGAUUAUGCAAAAAAGAUUCGAGAUAAGCAUUGGGCACUCUUCAGACAGCAUGGAAUUGAAGAAAUUACCAGUCCAUUGCAAGUUAGCAUUCACAAGAAAGUUUAUUGUUAUCCUGUACAAUUUGCUAUUUCAUCCCCACAUUUGCCUACUGUCCAACUUCAUACAGAAAAAGAACACACACUUUUACGUUUCAAAGGAGAUGUUGUUAGAAUUAGCACUGUUUUUUUCCAAAAACUGGAACAUUUGUAUCGUUUAAACUGUUCUGAUGACAGGAAAUUUGAAAAUUUUCUUGCUCGUGUUUGGUGCAUGCUGAAGCGCUAUCAAGCAUUUUCUGGUAUCAGUCAUAACGAGGGCCAUGGAAUUCAAGGUUCAUUGUCUGUGGCUGUGUUUGAUUGUUUGCAUAAACAUUUUGGUGUAUCAUUUGAAUGUUUUGCUUCACCUUUGAAUUGUUACUUCAGACAAUACUGUUCUGCUUUCCCUGACACAGACAGCUACUUUGGUUCUCGAGGACCGAUUCUGAGUUUUUAUCCAGUUAGUGGAUCAUUUGAAGCCAAUCCACCUUAUUGUGAAGAGCUGUUAGAAGCAUCUUUUUUACAUUUUGAGAAAUUAUUAUCCAGCUCUCAAGAACCACUUUCUUUUAUUGUCUUCAUACCAGAAUGCAGAGAUCCUGUGCCAUCUUUCCUUUCUAAAAUAGAAGCUAGCAGGUUUAAGAGGAAACAACUUUUAAUUCCUGCAUAUGAUCAUGAAUAUCGUCAUGGAUUUCAACAUGUUAUUCCAAAGUCUGAGAUAUGUCAAAGAUCUGUUCAUGGUACUCAAGUAUUUUUCUUACAAAAUGAUUCUGGGUAUGCAAGAUGGGGACCAACUCCAGAAAGAAUUGAAGCACUGUUAGAAGCUUUCAAACUUGGAAAAGACAAGGAUCGAGAGCAAAACAUGACCCCAGCUACCCCUACUCCAUCGCAGGGACCAUCCUCCACCCCUACUGCACAAACUCCCGAACAAGGACAGUCUAAUGCCAAUACCAAAUUGACAACAGCACAGACUUGUACCAAUCCAGGAAGAAAUAAUUCUGAUUCUGCAAGUAAUCUGAAUCAUUCUUUGUAAUUUUAAAAAUGUUAAAUGGCAUUUUUUAUCUUGCAUUUUAAGUAGAUGAUCAUGAAGGCAGUUUUGCAUUCAAAAAAUGUUUUUAAUUCCUGUUUAAAAUUUUUUUUUUGACAAAAUCAAAAAUAAAUGUUUUUUUAAAAGAUAUUAUAUUAAAUUUAUGGAAUACUCUUCUUUAUCAAAAAGGUACUUUAAAAAAAUGAGAUUUUAGCCUUUAUAAUAUUACUAUUUUAAUAUGAUUACAGUUUUUGUUGUGAAUUCAUUUAUUGAUAUGUAAAGUUACUUAUUUUAAAAUACAUUUAUUCUUUCAUAAAUAGUCAUUUGAUAUAGAUUCCCGAAAGUUAUUUCUAACUGAAUUUAGUAACAGUAUGGUUACAUAUUUAUAAUUAGGCCAUUUGUGAAGUGAAUCAUAGAAAAUAAUUUAUUUUUUGUUUAAGUUGUAUGAAAAUUUAUGUUUAAACUGAAGUUAAAUAAUUAUGAAAGUGAUUCUUACCCCUGUGUUGUUUUUGAUUAAGUAAUAAAAUUGUAAUCUUAAUAUCAAAAAAGAAGUAAAAAAAAUUGCAUUGCAAGAUUAAUAUUAUAUUCUCCCUUUUCUACAUCAUGAGCAAAUCUGUAUUGAAGAUUCUGACUUGCUGCACCUUUAACAGUAAUACUGUUUUGUUGAUUGGUGCUAAUUAUUAAAUGGUAUCAGCCUUUCUUCUUAUGAAACUGGUGUCUAACGAAACAAAAAUUCAAAUAAUAUAUAAUUUUCUUGUACAGAAUUUGUUGAUAUGCUUGUUAUUAGCAUUAUUUUUAUUAUUUGCCAGUAGUAAAUGUCUUUUUAAGUCAAGAUGCAUGAAAUCGCCCAUCUUUGUUUGAACUGCAGUAUAUGCAGAUAGCAUAUUUUUAUCUGUAUGUUCUCAGUAGACUUGGAAGAUUUUCAGAUUAAUAAGGCGUAAUGUCUGUGCGGACUUUUGUGUUAAAUGUCUUUUAUUUUAAUGUAAUUUUGCUAUUGAGAAAAUAUUUGUUUUCAUUUUGACAAAAUUAUACUUUCACAAAAAUAAUUCAUUUUUCAUUUAGUUUUAUUUCUGUGCAGAUUUAUUUAUCUUAGAAAUUUUCAAAUUUAGAUUUCAGAAUACUGAAAGUGCAAGCAGAUUUUUGUGUUUGCUCAAAUGUUCCAUACAUGGAUAGAUCCAAAAGUUUCCAGCCUGAUAUACAUUAAAAAAAAUAGAGAAAGUUUUAAUAAUGUAUUUUUUAGCAUGAUUUCUUUGUACCAUGAUGAAUUUUUCACAUUUAAUGAGUGACUUUUGCAUUUGAAGGUUUGCCCAUAAAAUACUGUGUAACUGCUCUUUUCACCCCAUCAUCAUCAUUAGAUCACUUUCCAUGAAAAUUAGAUUUUAGUUCAGAAUACAGGUAAUAAUCACUUCGGGCUGUAAAGGGGGAGGGUCAAACUCCUUAAGCCCCAAAGUUCUGUAUUUGAAUUGCAUUGACACAUUCCUGUUUUUGAAUUGCUAAAAGAAGUUGGAGUAUCCAUCUUGCAGAGAUUUUAUUUUUGAAGAAAGCACACAACAGUGGUUUUAGAUAGAUCCAAUCUUGCUGCUCUUACUCAUAUUUGUUUCUAGACAUGAAUAGUAUUUUCUGAUGUCAAUGCUUCUUAUGGUCUACCUUCAUGAGAAUCAUCAUUUAUAGAUUCUCAGCCCAUGCGGAAUUGUUUUACAUAUUAUUUCACCAUAACAAGGGGAAGAGUGAACAUAUGUACCAUCUAAGCUUUUUUUUUUUUUUAUUUCUUUGGGAUUAAGGGCUUCAUUAGUAAAAAAUUUAAUAUCAGAAUGAUACUCAAUUUUAACCCUUUUGGAAUGGGUGUGUCAUAUAUGCAUCAGCUGUCAAAUGUAUCACAGAGCCAGAUGUGUCAUAUCUGAAUCACCAUUUAAAUGCUUUGUUAGGAGAGUAUCCCAUAUAUGAAGUUUUAGAUAGAACGUUUAAUUUGUAUCUUCUUCCCCCCACUAGAUGUAGCCAUAUGUCUGUUGUGGUGAAAUUUAUCCAGAGUUGAGAGUGCUGAGCUUCAUUUCAUGGGUUUUUUUUAAUUUUAUUUUUGGUAUUUGUAUUGGAAUCAGAGGGAAAACAGGGAUUGAGUAAUAUAAAAAAACAGCUGGCUAUGAACUGUCUCAGCUGAUAUAAAGACAUGGGAGAAGUUUUCGGCCUCUGAACACUUUUUUGUUUAUAUAUUUGGUGAUAUGGGAAUAUAUGUCCUAUCGAUUUAGAGGUUUUAAUCAUUCCUCUUUGCAUUUGACUAGAGUUGAGGUAAAUAUUUUAUAUAUAGUUUAGUGAGACAUGUUUUGUACUUCAAAUGGCAAGGAAAAUAUCAUGAAGUUUUCAAAUUAACUCUGGCAACUACUUGAAUGUUCCUCUCAUAAUGUGCCAUAAAAAUUAGAGGAAUUAGAUCACAAGUUUAACUUACACAAUUUUUUUUCCAAAGUUAGGCUUUGCCAUGUAAAUUACCAACCCCAGCAGUGCACCUUAUAAGCAUGCCAUCCCAAGAGACCCAUCAAUGACUGAAGCACCCAUAUUGAAAGAUUUAAACAUUUCAGAACGGACUAACACAUCUCUUCAUUUAGUAAAAAGUCUCUCCCCCCCCAAAAAAAAAUGAUGCAGAGAUGAUUUCUCUUACAAAAAUUUCAGAUUUAAAUGCUUUGCCACUAUUCUAGGGGAAUUUGUUGCCAAACAUUUUUUUAUAUGCAAGGCUGGAAACUUUUAAUCUACUUCUUUAAUGUGUUGUACAUUUUAAUGUAAAUGAAAUGUUUAAUAUAAGUUUGUAUUCAGUUUUAAUUUUUGAAUAAUUGCAGGUAUAUGCCCAACCUUUUUUAAUGUGCUGUUUAAAAAUUACUCUGUAUAAAUAUACCAUUAUAGCAAGUUUUCUUUUAACCCAUAGAUGCUAUCUCAGAUAAAUUUUCAGUCCAUGCAGAUUUGGGUUUAAUUUUAUUUUUUAAAAAAAUGUAACCUGGCAGCACUAAUUUCUGAGCAUUUAUUCACAUCAUGAUUAGUGACUAUAUUGUCCUGAAACAGUCAAUUAAAUCUGUGUUUUGCUAUUAUCAUAAUCGAAAAACUAAUUCAAGGUGAUAUGUGUUUCAUAAUUCCUAAGAUUUUUAAAAGUUAUGCAAAAAUUUUUAACUAGAUUUUGAGCUUUAACAUUACAAUAUUUGCAAGAAAUAAAUUUAUUCAUUGUAACUAAUGCAGUAUUAUUCAUUACAGCUAUAAACAGUAACUUCUGUACUUUUCAUCCAAUAUUCAGUGAUAAUGAAACAUUUAUUUGCAUUUGUUCAACUUUUGAAAUUACAGCCAUAAAUAUUUUUGUUGUUGUUUUUGUUUCCUGUUUCAUAUAUCGUGCUGUUCAGGCAAUUAGUAUUCACGUGGCCUGACAAUUUCCUGCAUUACGUAGAAUCUGAGGCUUGGCAAAACAAUAGAGCUCGGAGAUAUUACCAUUAAACUUUAUGUAAUAAAUCUUUAUCUUUUCUAAUUAAAAUCAUGCAUUGUUACAUCAGAGAACUUUUAUCAUUAUAUCAGGUCAUUUGUAUCCUAUGAGGCUCUGUUUCACAGCCCACCAGCAGUUGAGUGGGUGUGAUUGCUAAAUCCAGUGUCAAGCAUCCCCUCUCAAAUUUAAAAAAAAAAAAAUAAUAAUAAAUAAAUAAAAAAAUAAUAAAAAAAGGGGGGAAUGAAAUUUCAUACGUGUUAACAUUGAGGGGAUUUACUUUGAUAAUAGCUUUAAAAGUUUUAUGAUACAUGAAUAUAUAUGUAUAUAAUUACCUAUUGUUGAUAAACUUUCCAUUAAUAAUAUUUAAAAAAAUGCUUUUGAUAAAAUAGAACAGAGAUCAGUGAUAUUUUUGAAUGCUAGAUAAUAUGAUUAGCUAUCUUCAAAAAUUGAUUUUGUAAUUACCCGCUUUAUUACACAAUUCUUUUAAUUCAGCCAUGUGACAAAUAUUCAGUUGAAACUCAUGACUUAUUGUUUGCUUAUGUUAUCAAUGUGCCAUUUAGCUAGUUUGGCUGACACAGUUUUUUAGCUCUCAUGCAAAAUUCUGUUUAUUGGUUAUGGUUGUAUAAUUUUCUUAAAAAUAAAAAAAGAAAGAAAGCUUUUAUGUGUAUUUUGUGCUUUAUUAGUUUGUGUUGAACUGUAUAUAUUUAUAUUAUCAAAGUUUAAAUUGUUUUAACUGAAUGUAAAGUGUUCAUCAGUUUUCCCUCCCCUCAUUUUUUUUUUUUUUUUUUUUUUUUUUUUUUUUUUUUUUUUUCUUACCUUGUAGAGUUUACUGAUUGUAAAGUAGUUUCUAUUCAAAAUCAUAUUAUAUGCAUUGUAUUAUAUUUGUGAGGCACACUCACAUUGAAACCAUGCCAUUGUGUAAAAAUUUGCUCAUUCUUACUAUCCAUCCUCUCUAGCACAAUAUAUUUAUAAUACAUGUGUCUGGUACUUUUUUGUUUCCAUUCAUAUUAUAUAGUUGAUUUUAAUGCUAUAUUAUCUUUCCUCUUAUUUUAAGUAUGUAGAAUAGUUUUGUUAAUGUAAAUAUGUAUAUUGGUUAUAGAGUAUAAAAUUGGUUUGAAAUAUAAAUUUCGCCAAUGAUUUUAGUAAACACUUUUAUGUAUGAAUCAUCUCUUUGUAGAUUUUAAAUUUGUUUCUUAAAUUGGCAACAAUUUUAAUGUAUAUUGUUCAGACUUUUGUCAAAUUGAGACUCUUAUAAUGAUCCAAUUUUUCAAUUAAAAGUUUCUACUUAUUAUAUAAAGUGAUUUUGCUGCUUACAGUAGUAAUUUCAUAUAUUCCUUCAAAUUCAGAAUGUGCAUAUAAUAUAUAUAUAUAGCCAUCUUUUGAUUUAUAAAUAUAUGCACUUUUCUAAAUAUGCCUCCUCCAAAGAAAAAUGAAAUAAUCAAAUUAAUAAUAAAGUAUAUUAUCAUUAGUUUAGAGCUUUUUUUCAAUAAAUUUCUGUUACAAAUUUGCAUGCAGUCAUACUUCAGAAAAAGCUCUAGUCUCUCCACUCCCAUUGUUUUACUGAUAACAGUCUUGUGAUAAGAACUGAUUUUAAUCAUCAAUCUGCCACAAAUUAGUACUUCAUUGUAAAUUUAAUGCUUCAUGAUGAACAUUUUCUUCCUUUUUGUUAAAAGUAAUGUAAUAUUUAUAAAUCAAGAGAAGGCUAUAAAUAUAUAAGCCAAAAGUUAUUUUUUGAUCAAAAGUAUGAAAGAAAAUAAAAAAAUAUAAAAAAGAAAUUUGAAUAGGGCAUUGGUUAUAUGUUACUAAACACUUAGUUGAUGUAACACAUAUAAUGAUUUAAAAUGGUAAAUGUGUCUUCAUUGUAAAUAUCUUUCACACUGAACAUCUCGAGACAUAUAUAUUUCUGUAUAUUUUCUUACAGAACACAUUAUAUGUUGAAUGAAAUAUUGUACUUUAUCACAGCAUUUUAGAAAGGUCAGCGGUGGAUUAUUUUAGUUUUUUUUUUUUUUUUUUUUUUUUUUUUUGGAGGGGGGUAGUACUUUUGCUGUUCCAUAUUGGCUAACAUGCCAUCCAUGAACUUUUGCUAUGCUUCUGUGUAAUUUAAUGUAUUAAAAUUUUAUUUGUUCCAAUAACUCUGUGGUCAUAAAAAAAAAGUUUUUUAUUGAUCAAGCUGAGCUUUUUUAGUCCUAUGCAAAUAGGUUUUACGAAAUAUUUUUUUAUUGAUUGAUGCUACCUUAUAUGCUCAUGCAUUUUAAAAAAAGAUUCGUAACUUUGAUGUAGGGUAUAACGUUAUGUUAUAAGUGAAAUUAUGAUUUAAGCAUUUCAAAAUCGUAAAUAGCAUCUGUAAUUUUAAGUUUUAAUACAUAUGUAGGGUGUAUGUAGUAAACACACUGUAAUUUUUAAACUACUGUUUUGUAAUAACUUAAGAUAAUCUGGAAAGGCAAAUUAUUACAUUCACCAUGAUAAAAAUAUGCUGAGUAGUAAGUAACGUAAUAGAAAUGGUAGUGUGCAAUUAAUGCAUUUAAUUAUCACACUAAAAUGUUAUACUUUUGCCAGUGAAUCAUUGUUAAGGCUAGUGAAUAUAUAUAUUUGAUAUAUAAUUUAAUAAUUAAUACAUAUUUGUGUGUCUUGGAUACCAAGAACUGUAAAAGGCAGAUGUUUUCAUGAUGUUACUGAAAUUUAAUCUGUUGCUUAAAAUUGUUUUUUGAAUUUGUGAAAAUGACUUUGUGUCAAAGAAAACUGCAGUUAGUAUUUUGAGACUUCUGGAAAUUUAUUGAAAUAUGUUAUGCAAUAAGCAUUUUACUCACUUAAUUAUUAUAUCACAGUUUUAUUUAGUCAUUUGCAUGAACAUUCAAUAUAUUUUGUAAAAAUAUCUAUAUACAUAUAUAUUUACUAUAUAAUAUAAUCAAUAUUAUUUUAGUAAAUAAAUUAUUAUUAACUUACUUUACAGCAAUUGUGCAAGUAGUAGAUAAACUUGUUUUUGCACUAAAUGAAUUUAAGAUCAUACAACCAUUUGAUAUAUACAUAUAUAUAUAUACUUUGUGUGAGAGAGAUUAAAAACAAAUUCAUUGAGCAUUUCUGUGAAAUUUUGCCAUUAGCAUAUUAAAAAAAAGAUCUCUUAAAUCCACCGCUGGAUAAUGAUAUUCGUAUGUUGUAUCAGGACUGUUUGUUAUUUGUCUUUUCUUUUUUAUUAUGUUUUUUUUUAAAGAUUUUUGUAUGAUAAAGCAUAUAUCUAAAUGAUAUGUAAGCAUAUAUUAAUCAUUGAAAUUAUUACUAUCUGCUUAUGAAAUUUUAUUAGAAUCAGAGUAAAAUAAGAGUGAAAGUUCAUUCAUUCUUGAAUGAUCUCAUAUUUUAAGUACUGCAAUGUGUGAAAUCCAUCAUUCUUUUUUAUUGUACAUUUAAAAAAAUAUUUUAAAUUAUGUUUUACUAAUUUUAAGGCAUGUGCGGACUUCUGAAAGAUCUUUUGAUUUACAUUUUAAUGUCUAAAAUUAUUUUUAUUCAUCUCUUAUUUAAAGAAAGAAGUGAUUCCUGUUAUAUACUUUUUAAAAGACUAUGUUAUCUUUGUAUAUUUAUGCAAAAAAACAUUUUUGUAACUGUGCCAUUCUUUAUAUAGCUAUGAUAUUUGUCUAUAUUUAAAAUAAUAUUCAGAGUUCCAAGAAAAGUAUGUAUGUAAAUAAUUAGACUGUAUAGUGAUUAAUCAUAAUGAAUCACUGCCAGUUUUUAUGUAGGUUUUAGCAGAAAAUUAUCUUUUUUGUUCUUGGCAAGUAUCAGAAGCAAUGGAAUAUGUAGUUCAUAACACCUCAAAUCAGAAAUGUAUAACACCUAAAUUCACACAUUAAAUUUUUUAUCACUGUAUGCUUCAGAUAAAUUACUUACAUCCCAUUAAAAUAGUGCAUGGCUUUUUUUAUUAUUAUUUGGAGGGGGGGUUGAAUCUGUCACAUACAUAAUUUGGUUUGUUUUUAUUCAUUAUAAUACAAAGUGAUUAAAUCUGAAAGCUUUUGAGCUUGUGCUUCUUGUAGUUAAAAAAAAAAAAAAAAUUUCCAGCUAGCAAAAUUAAAAAAGAAAAACAUUGAAAAAAGACAUUAUUUUACUCAUUUUUGCUCAUUAGUUGUUUUUUUAUUGGUAACUGAAAUUGUUAAUUUUAGUAAAAUGUAAUCUUAAAGUGAUUGAAGACAGAUGAAAUUUUUUAUGGUUUUUCAUUGCUGCACUUAACAAAAAUGUAUUAUUUGAAAAGAAAUUGUACAUGCCUUAUAAUAGUGAUCUUACUGCAGUUUUUAUGUAGUUUCAAUGCAAGCAUUCCUAAUAUUCUUAAAAGAGGGUAAAUUUUGUGCUACAGUUUUUCAGCCCUCCCCACCUUUUUUUAAUACUUUGCAUGUAGAUUAAAUGUUGUAUACAAAAGGUAUUGCAAAAAUAUUUUAAAAUGGAUGAAAAAAAAAUGAAAAUCAAACACAUAUACAGACUGGUUGUAUUUUUAUAUCUUGAAAGUUUUACUUUCCCAGUUUUAAAGUCUGCACUUGUUAGUGAAACAUUUAAAAGAAUUGUUGUCACAUUUGCAGUGCUUACGGAUUAUUUAUGCAUCUCAACAAGUACUCAGUUUCUCUCUCUUUUUUUAUUUUUGUUACAUAUUCAGAAAAUUAAUAUUCAAAGAAAAUGUAUUUUUAAUUACCUUUAAUUUAUAUAGAUAUCUAAGGGCAUAAAAGAAAUAUGUUGUUAAAUAAAUGAAUACUCUAUUGUCUUAGCAUUUAUAUAUAUAAAUGAUUUAAUGCACUUAUUCAUUAGCAUAUAAAUGUUAUGCACAUAUUAAAAUGUGAUUUUUUAAAUUUUAUAUUAUCAUAAAUUUGUUGUUUGAAAAGUGAAUGGAUUUUAAAAUAUCACUAACUACAUAAUUACUCAUGAAACAGUUUUUGUAAAAUGUUUUUAAAACUGUCAUUUGAUAACUGUAAAUACAUUACAUUGUAGCAUUUAUUGCAUUCAUCAGAGUACUUAUAGAGUUUAAAGUUUCCCUACACAAUUGAUGUGUCACCUGUGUUCAGAGUUUGUUGAAAUAUUUCAUGUCCAUCAAUAAAAGUUAUUGUAAAAUACUCUCUAGCUUUGUAAGUAUAUCAGUUACAUUAAAAUUUCCAGUGUAUAUGUAAAAA